AGUCAUGUGACGUGCAAAGUUGAUAAACAUUGAAUCGUGGAUGACAAUAUGAUCAGAUAUGGUUUUAUCGAACUAUUUUAUUAGGGAUUUUAUAAAAGAAAAUAUACAGCGAUUACAUAGAUAGUUUGUCACGUGUAUUGUUUUAAUCGAAAAACUCUGCUUUUCCCAAUAUAUGAAUCAACCAGACAAUGGCGAAUUGCGCGAACUACACACAUCAUCAUGUCGCAGUGUUUCUGCUCACGUUCUUAAGCUAUGCAUUUUUUCAUGCAACAAGAAAGACUUUCAGCAAUGUGAAGUCCACAAUCUCAGACGAAUGGAGUCCAUCUUUUCACAAUGACACAGUUAACUACACCAAACCUGAUCAUAUCUGGAACUCUCGCCAUUUAUUCAACUCCAGGAAAGAUGCAGAGCCGUACCUUGGUGUGUUAGAUGCUGUCUUUAUGAUUUCAUACGCAGUUGGACUGUACAUCAGUGGGAUGAUAGGAGACAGGCUGAAUAUGCGAUUGGUGCUGUCUUUUGGAAUGUGUUCAUCUGCAGUAAUGGUAUUUGUGUUUGGAGUGGUGUUUGAGUGGGCUCACUUCUACAACAAGUAUGUCUACGUCAUCAUCUGGAUCCUGAACGGUCUCCUUCAGUCCAUGGGGUGGCCGACGGUGGUCGCUAUCAUGGGGAACUGGUUUGGUCGACACAGCCGUGGUCUGGUGCUUGGUAUAUGGAGUGCGUGUGCGUCGGUCGGUAACAUCAUCGGAGCCUUCCUGGUGUCAGGGGUGCUGGACUAUGGAUACGACUAUGCUUUCCUGCUGACAUCGUCUGUGUUGUUUGCUGGUGGGGUCAUAAAUUUCUUUGGACUUGUCAGUACACCAAAGGAAAUAGGUCUCUCCAUCCCUGACGAAGACAGUACCGUCCAUCCCAAGGAGUACAGUGUCGUGAUCAAUGAAGGGGAGUCAAACGAGUCCAUUAAUAUUCCCCAUGUAAGCAACAAUCAAGGGAACCUGUCAGAUGAUGGCGAUGAUCCGAGUCGUCUGAUAAACAACAGGGGGGUCAUUGAUGAUGAAGACGAAUUGGAGUUUUCUUCAGAAGCCCCACUUCUGAACCCCGUGGUGACCCGCUCGGACUCCGUCCUCUCGGAUGACCGACCGGCGGCCAUCGGCUUCUGCAGCGCCCUCUGUCUGCCCGGUGUAGCUCUGUAUGCUUUGGCCUAUGCCUGCCUGAAGCUUGUGAACUACUCCUUCUUUUUCUGGCUGCCCUACUACCUCCACAACAAGUACGGGUGGAAGGAGACGGUGGCUGAUGAUAUCUCCAUCUGGUACGAUGUAGGCGGCAUCAUAGGUGGGACGAUAUUUGGAUUUGUAUCUGAUCGCUUCCAGCACCGGAGUGUCAUAGUUAUUCCCAUGCUCCUCCUCGGCAUUCCAGCACUCUUUAUAUACAACUCUGAUCUAAGCAGCACUCUGACCAUGAACGGUCUACUGAUGGCGGUGGUGGGGUUCUUCAUCGGGGGCGUGGCUAACCUGGUCAGUGCCGCCAUCUCUGCCGACCUCGGUAAGCAGGGCCCUGUCCAGGGUAACAGCGAGGCCCUGGCCACAGUGACUGGUAUCGUGGACGGGACAGGAAGUGUCGGCGCCGCCAUUGGGCAGAUAUUGGUGCCAUUGAUACAAGAUGGACUGGGAUGGAAGUCUGUUUUCUAUCUUUUUAUGUUAAUGACACUUCUGACAGCUCUGUGUAUUCUUCCACUGUUCAUCAGAGAAGUGAGAGACCUGUGUAGGCAGAAGAGGGUCCGCUUCUCCUGGUACAAGGGUGUGUCGUCGGUCCCCACCCACAGGGCGAGGGAUCCCGGGGUUCAGGACUCGGAUCAGUAUUUCGACUGAUCUCUCAAGGCAUUCCAGCACUGAAUCAUUUUAUUCCAUACAUCAUUACAUUGUGUACCAUAUUGUGUCAUAUAUAUAAUUUACACUGUGGAUUAGUUGUGAAAAUCCUUGUUGGAGCAUCAAAGCAUGUAUUUUUAUUUUUGUUUUUAUUCAAACAUUUUAGUAUCAUGAAAUGCAUUGUGAAGCUGUGAUUUUUGUGAGUAAAUAUAAUAUUUUAAGGGCUUUAAGGUGUGUACAUGUUAAAGUAUGCACUAGCUAUCUCCAGGUAGCUUUGUGUGUUUGUGUAAUUCUUUAAUUGUAUUCUUUUAGAUAUUAAAUAUUAAAAAUUGUUCAUUUUUAAACUGAUAAUUUUAUGUUUCAUCUUUUAAUACGCACGAUAUACAUUUAUAUACAUAUGCAUAUGAUUUCUUAUGAUAUUUUAAAAUUGUAUUAUUUUUUAAUCUACAACAAGCUGCGAGCUCAUUUUGUUUUAUGAUAAAUAGUAAAUUACUAUUUUUUAGCAUACAACUUACUAGCCUGCGUUUCAUUGUCUUUCUUUAAUUGAAACUGUGUUUUUCAAGCAAUCACAGUAUGUUAUUGUUGUUAGGAUGAUUGUGUGUGAAAGAAUUAUUCCUAAAAUACAACAGUAUUUUAUCAAAUUUUAGUCUCUCCUAUUCUAGUCCUCAGCAACUUGUAAAAUGUGAUAUUAAAUUUUAUCUUUACUGAUGUGCCUUUUCAUGAUGAUGUCCUUAGAUACAUUUAACGGAACUUAGCAUCAAAUGUACACGACUUAUACCAGUACAUGUAUUAUAAUGCUUGAUUGUAUUUUUGUUUUGGAUUAUUACAUUGUCUAUGGCUUGAAAAGUUGUACUGUAAUAAUGUGUUUUAAAAGUUUUAGGUUUUUUUUCCUGUGUUCAGUCAGGAUUGAAUACAAGCUGGUAUGGAAUAUUGCUUCCAAAUAAUUUUCAUGUGAUCUGGUUAUAUACCAAAGUAUGCAAACCACAUGUAUAGUGAGAUUGAGACCAACUAUUUGUGCUCGGUCGAAAACUUCAGUUCUUCCAAUCGUUGUUAUCUCAUGUACUCCCUUUUAUGUACAUGUAUAUGACACCUCAUGUUUUUUGUGUUAAGUGAAGAAAACUAUGUAUUAUGUGCAUCUGAGAUUAUUGAAAUUAAAGCCAAUUUUUUGAGGAGUUUCAA